AUGAGCGGCGCGGACAAAAGCCGGCGACGGGGCUCUGUGCUGAGCGCACUGCGGCGGACCGAGAAGAGCCGGGGCAGCAAGAGCGACAAGGGGCGGUCGUCGCUGGACGAGCACGAGCGCCUGCGAGAGGCUGCUGCACGGAGCACGGGCCUCCACUCGAUACUCCCGGACCUCGGUGACCAAGACCGCCCGAGGCACCGACCAGCUGGCUUGGAUCUGCGCCAGAUAGCCCGGGACGAGGCAGCAGCCAAGCUGUGCGGAGAGCGCGAGUCGGUCCCCCCAUUACCGUUACCACUCCCCACCGUUCCCCUCUUUCCCUGCGCACACUCGGCCCUUGCCGCCCACACUCAGCUCAGCGGCCCUCUGCUCAAACACCAGACACCAAACACACUCGCCAGACUGGUUCGAACAAAGCCAUGGAAGUCCCGACACGCCGUCUUUUGCACCUAUGCGCUCCGCAGCUGCAGCUGUGCCCAGCCCCAUCGAGCAUCCGUUCCCUCGUGCGACUCGGCCACCCGCACCCUCGCCUGCCUCCACCUCUUUGCAGCACCCACCCCCGAUGCCCUUGAGCUCGCCCGUCUCGUCGUCACCGAGGACAGGCAACGUUGUAUUCGUUGUCGAGCCCACACUCGCAUCCGACGACAGCCGACGUGGCCCCAAGGACCUCGACGACCGCAAGGCUGUAUUUCAAGUCCAAGGCAUAAGUGGCGCCCCCAUGCACCCUCCUCACGACAACCCAAGCGAUCGUUGUCUCGUCGCAGAGAUUCAGCCGGUGCUAAUACACUCAAGUCCGCAACCAGUCACCGCCCCCAGACCGUUGCUAGCCUCGGUCUCCAUCCGAGCUCCAGCUCUGCCAAUUUGGUCCUAGGCCUCGAUGACGACUCGCGAGUCCAUGCCGUUUGGUUCCUUCAAUGUCCCGAUGCAGAUGCUCGUCAGCGAUGGGUUUCAUGUAUCAAGCGAGCCGUGCUCCUCCAGCGCUGGCUUUGGCGGCACAAUCCACUUUACCAGCCCCAGAUCCGUCACAGACCCAUGCCUUCUGCAGAUCUUGAUGUCGUCCUUGCCAUGCGUGCCCAAGCACAUCGCAGCACCGUCCCCUAUGCCAGCCCCCCCGUCACACCCAUGGCCACCACCUUUUCUCCCAUCGCACACUUUUCCCCCGUUUCCCCACCAUUUGUCACCAGUCCCACCUCCCCACUCUCUCCCGGCUCCGAAGCAUCCCACAUGGACACUAUAUCCCUCGGCUUUGCCCGUUCCCAAACUCCGACCUAUGCUCCCUCGGUCCACACGACUGCUACUGCACCUGCCCUUAUUCCACACAGCAAGUCCCGAAGUCGGAGCUUGACAGUCACAAAUUCCGCCCCCGUCCAGGCUCUCCGUGGUUUCUUCAGUCGGCCUCCCUCCAGGGGCGCCAAUAAUCGGGCCAGGACCACUUCUGGAACUGCUGCUGCUGCCUCUCCUACCACCACGACCGGUCCGAACCAUCUGGCCUCGUUUACGGCCGUCAAUUCCGCAGAGAAUGGUGCUUAUGCGCUUGGGACACCGAUCUCGGCCGGGUUAGGCAGCAUGGAUUUAUCCUCGGCAGCCUCGACCAUGGCUGGGGUCAUCGACGAACCACUCGGCACGCCCGGUCCUGGGCCGUCUACGCUCCCGGUCCUGAGCUCCACCGGACUGCCUGCGCCCAAACCCCCCGCCAUUGCGCCCAUGAGCAAAGGAAUCGGCUCGUUGCCCCCUCCUCCGCGGGCGAAGCGCGCCGGAAGUGUCAGUCAUGUGUUGGCCCGUGGGGACGAGACGGUUCGCGGGCGGGACGAGGAAGAGGGUAGGGACGAUGUCGAUCGGGAAAAGGCCUCGGAUUCAAACGAUUUGGAUUCGCGCGUGCAAGAGGACGAAAAGGAGCGGGUCCAGGGGGGCGAAAAGGACCGAGCGCGGACAGACGAAAGGGAUGCGACCCAACAUGCACGAAUCCUCCCACCCAUGCUUGCCCCGCCGAGCUCACCACUGCCUGUCCCCCCCGGCCCGGGUGCAUCGAGGUCUUCGCUUCAACUACCGGGUGUGGGGGUCCAUGCGACUGGAAGUGCGCUUGCGCUGGGAUUGCAUCAUCCUACCGGCUCGGCCCUUGCGCUGCCUCCUGCCAUGGCCAACCUAUCGCCUUUGAGCCUGCCACAAUCCCAGUCUGUACUAAACUCGCCCCCGACUGCGUUGAAUUUACCUCCGUCCGCAUCGAACCUACCCCCAAUCACGUUGGCUACGUCUGCCUCUGGCCCGCCACAGGCACACCCCCACCUUCCGACCCUAGCGCUCCGAACUGUGGGGUCCAUCCCCAUUCUCCCCGGCUCGUGGCCCGUCUCGCCAAACUUGACGGCCAUUACACCUAGCGAUGGGGAUGGCGUUACGCCCAGUGCCAUCACGCCCAGCGAUGUCUAUACGGGCGGCGGUAAUAACCCAAGCGAUAUGUACCUCGCUCGGGGUGAUUAUCAACAGGGUGUUGCGCACGGUGAUUAUCACGGACAAGUAAUGACGCCUAGCGACUACCACCAUCACCACCAUUAUCAUGCCCAAGCCACUACGCCCAGCGCCGUCACUCCCAGCGACACAUUCGGAAUGUCCCCGAGCGAUCCGCUAGGACCCUACGGUUUCUCUCCGUACCGGAUAUCCAUGACGAGCGACGCGUUCAGGAUAUCCAUCCACAGCGACGCAUACCAGGCCGCCGUCUCGUCGCCCACGAGCGAAUCGUACCACACCCCGCCUUCGGCCGUUUCGCGCUCGACACCGUCGCAGUAUUCCGCCCUCACCACUCCAAGCGUCGUUCUCGGGGGAUCGUAUUUGAGUUUGGCCGGGCGAGCGAGCGAGGACGAGGUUGCGUUGGCGAGUGUGUCUGUUGGUCAUUUGCCGAUGGGUUCGGCGACUCGGUUGGGCUCGACAACGAAUGCGAUGCCUUUUACGUCCACGUCCCAUCUCGCUGCUGCGGGUUCUACAUCUUACCUCGCGGGAUCGUCUUCUCAUCUGGUUACAGCGUCCACGUCCCACCUUGCCACGACCUCGACUUCGCAUCUCGAUACUUCCACCUCACACUUGGAUCUCAGCGAGACGACCCAUUUACCCAAUUCUACGCCCUUUACGACCGAUGCGGAUAGUCGGGUCGAGCCAUUUGGACGCAACCAGGUCGAACCAUUCGGACACGGUCCGAUCGAACAACUCGGACGCAUUCAAAUCCAACGGCAGGGUGUCGCUUGCGUUUGGACGCGGGGCGCUGCACGAGUAUUCGGGAACCGAUGGGUGGGAGGCGGGGGACUAUCAUUCUGGAAAGAGCGUCCGGUCGGGGUCGGGAGUGCACGCGAGUCUCAAUCCCAGUCCCAGUCUCAUUCUGUGUACACCCAGUCUAUCAGCGUGCGCGAGAGUCCGACUCGGACGGUCGCGACGGGGAGUUACCGAGAUCGGGAGGGCUCUAUGCGUGAUCGCGAUCCGGACUCUGCGCCUAGCUCGCCUUCGAGUCAGGCUGAGAACUAUGUGGGUCCGACGGGUGGGUUGUUUGGUGGUGUGACGAGAGAGUCGUUUAGUCCAAGAGAGUCGUUUGGUGCGCCCAGAGAGGCAUUUGGUCCGCGAAGGGAUUCGUUUCGUGUGCGGAGGGAUUCAUUUGGCGCUGUGCCUAGUUCUUCGUUUAGUUCUUCGUUUAUGGUUUCGGACGAUACUGCGCAUCCAUUCUCGAGUACGUCUCCGUCCCAGACCCCCGUCAAGUCGGCUCCCUCUCCCGGGGCCGUCGUGGACAUCGAAGAGCUGGUUCUUAUGCCGGCCCGACCUUGUACACGAUUGCCUCUGAACGCCUUCACGACAAAUCACGAGCACGCCGCCUGUCCCGCCUUUACCUCCCCCACGAUCGUCUCUGCGCACACGACUGAGGAUGCUCUCGACGCCGUCCACUCCCGAACCGUCCCUCGCGAACUGGGCCCGCCGCACGAAGACGAACUCGCCCAGCCGAUAAGCAAAGUCCCGAUGCAGAUGCUUGUCCAGGAAGACUCGAGUUCGAUACGGCGAGCAGCGAGCGAGCACGGGGCCUCGCGAAGGACUGCAGCAGCAUGGUGGGAUGGGAACGAGUUUGCCUCCGCCCCCACGUACGAGGCCGAUGGCGAUUCGACAACACUCGUAUUCGGCAUCUGCCUCCGACCGAGACGGUUCUUCCGAGGGUCGGAGGAGUGA